CACGCGUAUUUACUUUCGUAUCAUUUAAUUGUUAAUCUAAUCGCAGUCUGUGAAUCGUAAGAUCGUUCGUGCUACUUUGAACACUCGUUUAUCAAAUUUCAGAAUUUGAACGUUUAAAGGAUUUCGAAACUGACCCAGAAUUUGGUUUUGGUUUGAUUGAUUAAGUACAAUAGAGGUUGUGGUUGUGGUUGUGGUGUUUGGUUUUGGGGAUUUUUUUCGAAGUGAUUCGAAAUGGAAUCAUCAUCGAAUCAGACCCCCGACUUUGAUUAUUUGUUCAAGUUGUUAAUGAUUGGAGAUUCUGGUGUUGGAAAAAGUAGCCUCCUGUUGAGCUUCACUUCUGAUACAUUUGAAGAUCUCUCGCCCACAAUUGGUGUUGAUUUCAAGGUGAAAUAUGUUAACGUUGGAGGAAAGAAGCUGAAACUUGCAAUUUGGGAUACAGCUGGUCAGGAGAGAUUCCGAACAUUAACAAGUUCAUACUACAGAGGUGCACAAGGGAUAAUUAUGGUUUAUGAUGUUACACGGCGAGAAACAUUUACAAACCUUUCUGAUAUAUGGGCAAAGGAAAUUGACUUAUACUCAACAAAUCAAGAAUGCAUCAAGAUGCUUGUUGGAAACAAAGUUGACAAGGAAGGUGAAAGGGUUGUGACAAAAAAAGAGGGAAUAAACUUUGCCAGGGAAUAUGGAUGCCUUUUUAUCGAAUGCAGUGCUAAAACUCGUGUUAAUGUACAGCAGUGCUUUGAAGAGCUUGUUUUAAAGAUUUUAGAUACACCUAGCCUCUUAGCGGAGGGAUCAAAAGGAUUGAAAAAGAACAUUUUUAAACAGAAGCCGCCACAAGCCGAUGCAGCCGCCGCAAGCGGUUGUUGCUGAUCAUUUGUUGCAUUUCUCAUCCAUUGCCAAAUCUCUAACUCAUGUUUGAUCAUUCCUCCUCUGAUCCCACAGAAAUCAUUUAUUUCAAUCCUGUUUGAAUUAAACUGCAAAUUUGCAUGUAAUAUAGUAACGUUUGUGAUU